AUGGCGCCUGCAGAAGGUGCAGUACGGACUUAGUGGGGCGGGGCGGGGCAGGUGCCCUUCACAAACAUGGCGGCUGGGGGUUGCGGGGCGUGGCGGGGUCUGGAUGGGAAGCCGAGCAGACGGCCCCAGAACAAGCGGUCAUGUGACUGGGAAGAUGGCCGUCUUUCCUUGGCACUCCAGGAACAGGAACUACAAAGCUGAAUUUGCAUCAUGCCGACUGGAGGCUGUACCAUUGGAGUUUGGGGACUAUCACCCUCUGAAACCCAUAACUGUCACAGAAUCAAAGACUAAGAAAGUGAACCGGAAAGGAAGCACUUCUUCCACAUCCUCCUCCUCUUCCAGCUCCGUGGUGGACCCGCUGAGCAGUGUCCUGGAUGGGACUGACCCCCUCUCCAUGUUUGCAGCCACUGCUGACCCCGUAGCCUUGGCAGCUGCCACGGACAGCUCCAGAAGGAAGCGUGAUAGAGAUGAUAACUCCGUUGUAGGAUCGGAUUUUGAGCCUUGGGCCAACAAACGGGGAGAAAUCCUUGCCCGGUACACCACUACCGAAAAGCUGUCUAUUAAUCUGUUUAUGGGAUCUGAAAAAGGCAAAGCCGGGACUGCCACACUGGCAAUGUCAGAGAAGGUUCGGACCCGGCUGGAGGAGCUGGAUGACUUUGAGGAGGGUUCCCAAAAGGAGCUGUUGAAUUUGACUCAGCAGGAUUACGUGAACCGCAUAGAGGAGCUCAACCAGUCGCUGAAGGAUGCCUGGGCCUCAGACCAGAAAGUGAAGGCUCUAAAAAUAGUCAUCCAGUGUUCAAAGCUUCUUUCAGACACCAGUGUUAUUCAGUUCUACCCAAGUAAAUUUGUCCUUAUCACCGACAUACUUGAUACAUUUGGAAAGCUCGUGUACGAGCGCAUCUUUUCCAUGUGUGUGGAUAACCGCAGUGUCUUACCAGAUCACUUUUCUCCAGAGAAUGCCAAUGACACGGCCAAGGAAACAUGCCUAAAUUGGUUUUUCAAGAUUGCCUCCAUCAGGGAACUCAUUCCAAGAUUUUACGUGGAGGCAUCCAUCCUGAAAUGUAACAAAUUCCUCUCCAAAACGGGAAUUUCAGAGUGCCUGCCCCGGUUAACAUGCAUGAUCAGAGGGAUCGGCGACCCGCUGGUGUCGGUGUACGCCCGUGCCUACCUGUGCCGGGUGGGAAUGGAAGUGGCCCCACAUCUCAAAGAAACCCUAAAUAAGAACUUUUUUGACUUCCUCCUUACGUUCAAACAGAUUCAUGGGGAUACGGUCCAGAACCAGCUGGUGGUCCAAGGAGUGGAGCUUCCAUCGUACCUCCCCUUGUACCCGCCUGCCAUGGACUGGAUCUUCCAGUGCAUCUCGUACCAUGCCCCCGAGGCUCUGCUGACCGAGAUGAUGGAAAGGUGUAAGAAACUAGGAAACAAUGCCUUGCUGCUGAAUUCCGUGAUGUCUGCCUUCCGGGCUGAGUUCAUCGCCACAAGGUCUAUGGAUUUCAUUGGCAUGAUUAAAGAGUGUGAUGAAUCUGGUUUCCCCAAGCAUCUCCUUUUUCGAUCACUGGGGUUAAACUUGGCCUUGGCUGAUCCUCCUGAGAGUGACCGACUUCAGAUUCUCAACGAAGCUUGGAAAGUUAUCACUAAGCUGAAGAACCCACAGGACUACAUUAAUUGUGCCGAAGUGUGGGUAGAAUACACCUGCAAGCAUUUCACGAAACGAGAGGUGAAUACUGUUUUGGCGGAUGUCAUCAAGCACAUGACUCCAGAUCGUGCAUUUGAAGAUUCCUACCCCCAGCUUCAGUUAAUAAUUAAGAAAGUUAUUGCCCACUUCCAUGACUUCUCAGUUCUUUUCUCAGUGGAAAAAUUUCUGCCGUUUCUGGACAUGUUCCAAAAAGAGAGUGUGCGGGUGGAGGUUUGCAAAUGCAUCAUGGACGCCUUUAUCAAGCAUCAACAAGAGCCCACCAAGGACCCGGUCAUUUUGAAUGCCCUUUUGCACGUUUGCAAGACCAUGCAUGACUCCGUGAAUGCACUCACUCUUGAGGAUGAGAAAAGAAUGCUGUCAUAUUUGAUUAAUGGAUUUAUAAAAAUGGUUUCCUUUGGCCGUGAUUUUGAACAACAGCUGAGUUUUUAUGUGGAGUCCAGGUCAAUGUUUUGCAAUCUGGAGCCUGUUCUUGUGCAGCUGAUUCAUAGUGUGAACCGGUUGGCAAUGGAGACAAGAAAACUAAUGAAAGGAAAUCAUUCCAGAAAGACGGCUGCAUUUGUCCGGGUACGUUCUCAAGAUAAGGACUGUCGGACUUCGAACUCCAGUGCGCUGUUUAGCUUGCAGGCCUGUGUUGCCUACUGCUUCAUCACCAUCCCCUCCCUGGCGGGCAUCUUCACACGUCUCAAUCUCUACCUGCAUUCUGGUCAGGUGGCCUUGGCCAACCAGUGCCUCUCCCAAGCUGAUGCUUUUUUCAAAGCCGCUAUAAGCCUCAUUCCAGAAGUUCCAAAGAUGAUUAAUAUCGACGGGAAGAUGCGGCCAUCGGAAUCGUUCCUGCUGGAAUUCCUCUGCAAUUUCUUUUCUACCUUAUUAAUAGUUCCGGAUCAUCCUGAACAUGGGGUCCUGUUUCUUGUUCGAGAGCUUCUCAACGUGAUCCAGGACUACACCUGGGAGGACAACAGCGAUGAGAAAAUCCGCAUCUAUACCUGCGUCCUGCAUCUCCUCUCCGCCAUGAGCCAGGAGACGUACCUUUACCACAUAGACAAAGUGGACUCCAACGACAGCCUCUACGGGGGAGACUCCAAGUUCCUGGCAGAAAACAACAAGCUGUGUGAGACAGUGAUGGCUCAGAUCCUAGAGCAUCUGAAAACCCUGGCCAAGGACGAGGCCCUGAAGCGCCAGAGCUCGUUGGGCCUUUCCUUUUUUAACAGCAUCUUGGCCCAUGGGGACCUACGCAACAACAAGCUCAACCAGCUCUCCGUCAACCUGUGGCACCUGGCACAGAGGCACGGCUGUGCAGACACCAGGACCAUGGUGAAAACGCUAGAAUACAUCAAGAAGCAAAGCAAACAACCAGACAUGACUCAUCUGACGGAGCUGGCCCUCAGACUCCCUCUGCAAACAAGGACCUAACCCCCAGGCCCAUCCGCAGGCUCAGGGACUCUGGCGCCAAAUCCAGAAGGAUCUGCUCUGCUGCCCUGAACUCUCACUGCAAUUUAGGUUUCGCAUUUUCCUUUUCUUUUUACAUAUGUGCAAAUUGGUUUAAGCUUUGGCCUCUAUCCAGGUUAUUCUGACAAUGAAGAAAUGGGAGUUGUCAGAGCAUUAAAAUGCAAUCUUCAUUGAGAAGCAGCGUCUCUGCGUUGUCUUUGCACAGGUGGCCUUCAGUCUACUCAGCCCAAUCCGAUGGGCCUUUAGCACAAGAGAAACAAGAAUGCAAGUAACAUCUUUCUUUUCUGGAAGGUGUUUUUUUUUUUCUUUCAUAGUUUAGAAAAAGGACUUUGAAAAGCAGUCCACUUUUAAAGUUCCAGAUCCAUUCCUUUCCAGACUUUGUACCUUCAAGUUAGAGCACGCCCAAAGUCUGGAACUCAGUGUUACCUGAACCCCUAUGGAGGAUUUAUAAAAGGCAGAAAUAGCACUCCAUUAACUCUUUUUCCUAUCAAAAGCAGCUCUUGAUUGGACUUAGAAUCUGUGUUGGUGGACCAAAGGAGAAAGCAAGGUCAAAUUUGAGAUUCUCUGUGGCUUCAGUAUACAGUAACUGAAUAAAUGUCCUGAAGGAGCA